GUGUUGAUUUGCUUUUUGGUCGUUUGCGUUUAGUUAAUCUAAUGAAAGCCUUUUGUCUAAGAUGCUAAUGUUUUGUGUGAUCAUUGAACAAAUGCAGAUCUUUGUCAAUAUACUCAAUGGCAAGACUAUCACUCUCAAGGUGACAGGAUCAGAUAAGAUCUCUGAUGUCAAGGCUAAGAUUCAGGCAAAGGAGGACAUCCCUGCAUGCCAUCAGAGACUCAAAUUUGAAAACGAGUUGCUGGUGGGCAGGUGCACCCUAGAGCAUUACAACAUGGAGGAGGAGUCUACCCUCACCCUUGACCUCGUCCCCCAAGGGAUGCGUAUCUUUGUCAGGCCAUUGACAGGAAAAAUCAUGACAAUUGAGGUUGAGAGAGAAGAUAGCAUAUACAGUGUGAAGGCAAAGGUUUUCGACGAAACCGGCAUACCCCCAAGUCAGCCUGGACGUGACGAGCGGGCUUUUAGCCCGGCUCAUGGCCCGUUAUGGACCGAACCAUCAACCUUUGCUGGGCAUGAGCUGGAGGAUGGCCGCACCUUGGUUGACUAUAACGUGCAAAAUGAAUCUACCCUUCAUGUUGAGUCGUGCCUCCGAAGAAGACGCGGGAUGCGUAUUUUUGUCGAGCACUUGACUGGGUUGACCGUCACUUUUCGGGUUUAUGGAGAUUAUACCAUUUUUGGUGUGAAGGAAAAGGUUUCUGAUGAACUCAGCGUUUGUACGAGCCAACAACGUCUCAUUUUUAAAGGGAAUCAGCUGGAGGAUGGCCGCACCUUGGAUGACUACAACGUGCAAAAUGAUUCAACCCUUACUCUUGUGCUGCGCCUCCGUGCUUGUCAGGUAGGUCAUAUAUACAUCUCGGUAAAAACGGUAACUGGGAAGAGCGUCAUUGAACAUCUGUUUACACACCGAAAGACCAUUGGUGAGCGGAUUUACUCUGAGUUGGGCAUUCUCCCGGACCACCCCCUGGUUGAAGAGUUAUGCCAUCCGCGCACCACCGUUCUUCUGCAGAUCUGUCCUCCUGGUGGUCAGUGA